AGCCUGCUUAGUAACUUUCCACUUUUGCGAAAUGGCAUACAAGCAUCCACAAUGUUGUCUGCUGACCAAGGAAACGUCUAAUUGGCUACGUGUAGACACUAUACCAGUGUAACCUGUUGUGAGUCAUCAACAGCCAGACUGAGUACAAAUCGUAGGUGGGGUAGUAACAGAACAAAAGGUUGUUACCUUAGGAUGGAACAAUGGUGAGGACCCACCCACUGUCAUAUAAAAACCCGUUCACCAACUGCCAUUAUCAACAGAAGAAGACAAAGAAGGAGAGGACAAACUCAUAUCCAGUCUUCCCUCAGUUCACCUCUGUUCUAGUCCGUGUUUGUCAAGUUCUGAAGAUGAGUUACCCAGGAAUCCCAGGUGGAGCUGGAUUUCCAUACGGCGCUCGGCCACCUUAUACGGGACAGAGAGGAACUAUUAAAGAUUGUCCAGGGGCAGAUCCUCAGAAGGAUGCUGAAGUUCUUCAUAAGGCUAUGAAGGGUUUGGGCACCGAUGAAAAGGCCAUUGUUGAACUUCUGGGGAAUCGUUCAAACAAGCAGAGGGCUCCAAUUGUAACUGCCUACAAGAAGACUUAUGGAAAGGAUUUAAUAAAGGAGCUGAAGUCUGAGCUCAACGGACCCCUGGAGAAACUGGUUGUUGCCAUGAUGAUGAGCCCUGCAAACUACGAUGCAUAUUUAGUCAAAGGGGCUAUACAGGGUGUAGGAACUGAUGACAACUGCCUAAGUGAGAUUUUGUGCUCACGCUCCAAUGCAGAGAUUAACGAAAUCAACCAAGUUUACAAAGCUGAGCAUGGGAAAAGCCUGGAGGACGCCAUCAAGAACGACACUUCUGGUGACUUCCGCAAUCUUCUGGUUACUCUCUGUCAGGCAAGUCGUGAUGAAGGGGGGAGUGUUGACACCAACCUGGCCAAACAGGAUGCCCAGAAACUGUAUGCUGCUGGAGAACGUAAAUGGGGAACUGAUGACGAUGAGUUUAACGCUAUCCUGUGUGCUCGCAACAAGAAUCACCUUCAGGCAGUCUUCCAGGAGUACAUGAAACUUUCUGGGAAAGACAUCGAGAAGAGCAUAUGCAGUGAAAUGCAUGGCAAUUUGGAGCAUGGCAUGGUGGCUCUGGUGAAAUGCAUCAAGAACAUCCCUGCCUUCUUUGCCGAAGUACUCAAUAAGGCUAUUAAGGGUACAGGGACCAGUGAUCGGACCCUCAUCCGCAUCAUGGUGUCCCGCUCUGAGAUAGACAUGCUGGACAUCAGACAGGAGUAUAAGAAGAACUACGGAAAAUCACUGUACACUGACAUCGCAGGUGAUACCGGUGGGGACUACGAGAAGCUGCUGCUGAAGCUAUGUGGAGGCAAUGACUAAAAGGAAAGGAAGACAGCCUCUCAUAAGGAAGCUAUAUAUACGGUCACACUGAAGAAUGUUAUAGUACUUUAUAUCACCACUAUCUGAUGCAUGCAGCUAUUGUAACGCUUCCUGUGACAAUAAGAAAUCAACGUUAAAUUUGCAUUCUCUUUUUUUUUUUGCAUUACUUUUUUGCUACUGUGUGAUUGCCAAAUAGUAAUCUAUACUAAUAUGAAUAUAAAAAUUCAGUAAUUGUUUUAUUAUUGGGGCAAGAAGAGGGCGCUUGACAAUUUUAUAUUUAACUAAAAUCUAACUGUAUUGUAUGACUGAAGUAACUAAUCGUAAAUGGUCUUUAUAAAGCCCAUUGCCUGUUC